AUGGAUUUGAAUUUAACACGCAUUGACUAUACACAGGUUGGUUUGACCUCUCCCAAGACAAUGGAAUUGCUUCCAUUGGCUGGAAAAACACAAAAGAUUGCAAUAGCUGACAAUGAUGGAGUAGUGCAGUGUUUUAGUAUGAAGAAAGGAGAAGUUAUUACACAGUUCAAAACUCUUCCUUCACAGAAGAUACAGCGACUAAAACUUGGAGGAGUUCAUGAUGCUCCAAAAAGUAACAUUUUUGUUGCUUCUGCUUCUGAGGUGAGAGGCUUCUCCAAAAAAGGCAAACAGUUUCUAGCUUUCAACACAAAUAUUUCAGAAACUAUUCAGUCAAUGUAUGUUGAGGGGGCUGAUCUUUUUGUGUGUGGAAAUUACAUUUUCAACCAUUAUAAAGAAUGUAAAGACAUCCAUAACAUGUUAUGUACUGACAAAAUCAAUGAUGUUCUCUGUCUGCCACAAACUAAAGAAGCUGUAACUACCCCUGUGAUUGCAUGUCAAGAUCGCCUCUUACGUGUUAUAAAGGGAUCUGAUGUAUUAUUUAAAGUUGAGGUACCUGGUCCUCCCUCUGUAUUAGAACUGUUUGACAAGGACGGAGGUGCAGAAAGAAAUGAAGUUAUCUAUGGUACAGCUGAUGGCAGAAUUGGUCUUCUUGAACUUGGAAGUUCUGAGGAAGUUCAAAGAUGGAAGAUAGAAAAUUUAAAAAGAAACGGAGGUGUUACCUGCUUAGAUAUGUUUGACAUCACAGGUGAUGGAGUAAUGGAUCUUCUUGUUGGCAGAGAUGAUGGGCUUGUUGAUAUUUACAGCUUUGAUGAGUCAGCUCAGCCUUUUCAUAAAUAUGCACAUACUUGCAAUGAAAGUAUCACAUCAAUUCAAGGUGGCAUUGUUGGAUCACCAGGAUAUCCAGAAAUAGUGUGUUCUACUUACCCAGGAAUUGUAUCAGGUUUGACUACAAAGAAGCUGAAAAAACAUAAAGGCCCAGAUGGUCUGGAAUUGACCAAUCAGGGACGAGCGCAAUUGAAUGCGCUGAGUAAUUGCUUUCCCUGUUGCACAUGGCUGGUUAACCAUUGUCUAUCUGCUUACUUCAUUGCAUGCUUCUCACCACCCCUACAUGUAGGCUGGGUGAUAGGACUGACCACUGAGCCACUGACCAAACGAGGAGGGAUAGCCACAGAAGCACUUGACCAAGCUACUAAAAUCAAAAUGUCUGACCUCAAACAGGAAUUGGAGGAGAUCCACAAAAAUGUUUUACAACAACGAGAGAAAUUCCAAAACUCUGGUUUGGAUAAAUGUUCAGUGUCAUCUAUUAAUAACUUUCAUAUGAAUACCAGAUUUGUACUGAAUGGUGACGAAGCCUGCUACUUACUAAGUGUUGAGUUGCAAUCACCUAUUGACAACAUCCUUAUACAGAGUGAUGUUGUUAUUCAUAUGAUGGAUGUUGAUAAAAAUUCAGCAGUUGUUAGCUUCAGUGCUUGUCAACCUGAGAAUGGCAACUGCCUUUUGGCUACAUAUCGAUGCCAAGCAAGCACAACGCGACUGGACCUGAAGAUUCGUACUGUUGAAGGGCAGUAUGGUACUUUGCAAGUUUAUGUCACCCCCAGGACACAACCUAGAAUCUGCCAAGUCAGGCAAUUUGCCAUUAAACCCCUUUCACUACACUUAAGGACACACUCCUUUGAUGCAAACAGGCCAUUUAAUUCUCUAAAGUUGAAAGGACAAUUCAGUCUGGCAGAAGCCCAUUCUUGGGUGAGAUCCUGCUUACCUGAAUUCCCAGAGAAACCGCCAAUGGGAGACACUGUCACCUUCCACUUUGUUUCUUCAUUCCAACAAACAAUGCUUGAAUGCUCAUACAGUAAAGGUGAAGUCAUCUUCCGUUCUGACAACAUCUCCACUAUUUCCAUAUUGAAAGAUUUUCUUACAGCAGAAGCUACCAAAAGGAAAAUUCAUUUAAACAUUACAUAUGAUAUUGAUGAAAAUUCAGCUACUUACAUAUUGAACUUGAUGCAUCCCAAGUUACAAAAUCAGUUGUCACUUGCAAGGAAGGUACAGAUCCUUGAAGCUCUCAAAGAACUGCAAGUGCAUGAGAAAGAUUUGAGCUUUCUUUCUGAAGAUUACAAACAAAUUAUUGACAAUGCAGAUGACAUUAAAGAAAAAUUUGCACAGCAACCUUUUCUUCUUGAUCGACUUUAUGAUAUCCUUUAG